UCCACACGGUCGUCAGUCGCGUCCCGCCACGCGCCAAACAGCUUUGUCGGCAGACCUCGUACCGCUCCGUCGUCCGUCGUUACCGCGAGAGUACACGUUUUUCGGCGGAGAUCAAAAAAACAAUUAACGACGUUUUUAACAACUCCGAGACGCCUAUAUAUUUAAAACUAUUUUUUUUUUGAACCGUCUGCACGCGACAAAGAGGUUUCCGACAGCGAUUUGCCGCCGAUCGUUUUUGGGGCAAAGCCGUUUUGGAACAAUAAAAACAAAACACCUAUCGUAAGGCGUUCUGUUGAAAAAAACUUGACCAUAUAUCGGAACACCCGUAUGGACAGUGGAUUGGCUUAGUCGGACCACGCCGUUUCCGUCGUACAAACCACAAAACAGAUUUAAAAAAUGCAUCAUCAAGUAGCACAUCCGCAUUGGAUUGCUGCGGCCGUGCAACCUUGGGGUUUGCCGCAACAGCUAGGACCUGCACAGAACAUGCUGGCUUUGGCAGCCAUGGCACAAGCACCUGGGGCCACCCCCAUUGCGUUUAUAGGGUACCCUCAUGCACAUCCAGCUCCACCACCACCACCGCCGCCACAGCCUCAUGCCAAUCUCACGGUCUCCGCUGCGGCCACCAUGGCGCUAAUCAACCAGUUGCACGCGCACACUCAACAGGACCUCGCGCAUUUGUUGCUGCCCCCAUUACAGGCCGAAGAAGAUCCCAUAUCGAACAAACGCAAAUACAUGCCGGAAGACCGAAACGACAAGGAGGGAAAGGAUUUGAAAAAGGCAAAAUUGGAAACAAAAGCGUUGAAAGCUAAACGCCCGGGAUUCACAGACGACAGAUACAACGAGACUUCUUACUACAUUGAAAACGGACUGCGCAAAGUAUAUCCGUAUUACUUCACGUUCACCACGUUCACCAAAGGUCGUUGGGUCAACCAGAACAUACUCGAUGUGUUCGCUAGAGAAUUCCGUGCACAUCCCGCCGAAGAAUAUGAACGUUGCAUAAAGUCUGGAUCGCUGACCGUCAACUAUGAGAAAGUGGACACAUCUUACAAAUUGAAACACAACGAUCUGUUGGCCAACGUAGUGCACAGACACGAAGUGCCCGUGACUAACGAACCCAUUACUAUCGUGCACAUGGACGAAGACAUCGUAGUGGUCAACAAACCUGCGAGCAUUCCGGUACACCCUUGCGGCAGAUACCGUCACAACACGGUGGUGUUUGUGUUGGCCAAAGAGCAUAAUUUGAAAAACUUGAGAACCAUCCACCGUUUGGACAGAUUGACCAGCGGUCUGUUGAUGUUUGGCAGGACUCCCCGCUACGCCCGGAUCAUGGAGUCGCAGAUCCGCAACCGUCAAGUCAACAAACAGUACGUGUGCCGAGUUGAAGGCAAAUUCCCGGAGCAAACCGUCGAGUGUAAUGAACCGAUCGAGGUGGUUAGCUACAAAAUCGGUGUGUGCAAGGUGUCGACAAAUGGCAAGAGCUGUUCAACAACAUUCCAACUGAUUGGGUACAAUAAGGAGACCAACAUGAGCGUGGUGCUAUGCUUCCCCCACUCCGGUCGCAUGCAUCAGAUCAGGGUACACCUCCAGUAUCUUGGCUUUCCCGUGAAAAACGAUCCGCUGUACAACCACGUCGUGUUUGGACCGGAAAAAGGCCGUGGUGGAAUUAUAGGCAAGUCUGACGAACAGCUGAUCCACGACUUGAUAAACAUCCACAACGCCGAAAAUUGGCUGGGCAUGGAUGGUGAUUCGGAAUUAAACAUGCUUCCGUUGAUGAAAAACGUCGAUCCUUGUACUACUGCCGCCACUACUGCUACAACCGGCACCACAACCUCUACCCAAACCGAAGACAAUCAAUUGUCGCCGGGUACAGGUGUAACUAGGAGUGUACAGACAGUAACCGAGUGGAUUCCCCAAUCUUUGGGUUCCAAGUCCACACCACCGCCGACCGGAAGCCAUACUCAGACACACAUGUUGGACUUGGCAUUAAACGCUUCCACUCAGACCGGACAGGACCGAUCUCACAUCAUGGAAUACGAUGCACAGAAAAUCACAUACGAUCCUCAUUGCUACGAGUGCCGUGUCAAGUUCAGAGACCCGAAACCCAAAGACUUAAUCAUGUACUUGCACGCCUGGAAAUACAGCGGACCUGGUUGGAGUUACGAGACGGAACUUCCGGUAUGGGCCAAUGUCGACUGGAAGGAACCUGAAGAUCACCGAUUUUAAAAACAUAGCUGCGAAAUUUCAAACAUAUUUCUUAUUAUUAUUUUUAUCAAAACUAUAUUACUCCGCGAAAUCCGUUCAAAACGCCACCUAGUAAUAUAUUUAUUAUAUUUAAUUGCAUAAAUAAAUACAUAGACAACAUAGUGUUCAGCGUUUUUGUUUUUUUUUUUUUUUUACUAUACAUUUUUAAAUAUUUAUUAUUGUAAUGAAAUAUUAAUUAAGUCACUCAAUGCAUGUAUAGACUAGGUAUACUUAGUGUACUCUGAGCACGGUUAGGAAUCGUUCUUGGUUAAGAUUUUUGCACAUAUUUUGUUGGCUUUUAUUGUACGCGGCCAACAAGCCAAAUAAGGAACCAUGUACAUUAGUUGGCAAUAUGAGGCCCAACAUAGUUAAUCAUUAUUGUAGAUUAUUAUUGGGUAAGAUAUAAAAUCUUAACCUCCUAACAAUUAAACAUUAUAUUACACUUACCGAUACGUUACGGUAGCGUUUUGAACGGAUUGGCCGGUACAAUCGAUUUGUGAUCACUCGACGGAUUUUUGUAAUGAGUGCUCAAUGUUUUUUUCAAUUGUGAUAAAAAAAACUUGAAGUCAUAAAAAACAAAAGUCAUCUCGACAGAGAAAAGCUACUAGGAAUAAUAAUGGUAUCAUAAACAUAUUUAACAUGUAUGUAAUUUUUAGAUAUUAUUCUUACUUAUCAGCUAACACAAAGUCCCUUAUGAUUGACCUUAACCGCGAUCACCCGGUUCUAUUUUUAAAAAAUCCGCUAUUCGACAAUGUUUUUUUUUAAAGUGUGUUUCGCAUAUUUUCCGACUUUUCAGAGUUGAAAAUGAUAUUUUUUAUCAAAAAAAUUAUAAUAAAAAUAUCAAUAUCAUACCUAUUAUAUUAUAUAACAUUUUGUUCUGCGCGUUUCACUAUCACUUAUUUCAGGUGUACCAACCGUUAAUGAUAAAUAUUUUACACUAUAAUUACUAGCGUUCUACAUUAACUUGCCUAUUAAACUAUAAAUAUAUAUAUUAUUAGAACGUAGAAAAUAUGUAUUAUGAAUAGCGUAUAAGUAAUUGAUUAUAAUUAUUGUAUUUGACGGUGUUCAGCACUUUUUGCAGUGUUCAUUUUUUUCCCUUGAUUUUUAUUCGAUACAAUUUUUAAAACUUAUAUUAUACUGUACUGUUGUCGACGGUAGUUUAAAUAUUGUCAUAGAUCUUUAUAAUAGAUUUUAUUUAAAGUGAUCCUCGCCUUGUAUAGCUUGUUUCUAGAUAUUGUUUUGUAUGACUUAAAGAUUAUUAUAAUUUAUAGUAUACAUUAUAUUAUAUUAUUUAUGUGUAAUUAUUAUACUCUUAGAGUACAUCGUUUUUUAGAGCUUACCCCGAGUGUAUUCUACUCGAAGGGCUGUGUGAAUCUUUUGUUUUAGUAUUUAUAGAUGACGUUUUAUUGUAGUUGACUAGUAGACCGAAAUCUACCAUAAAAUAUUUGAUUUUAAGAGUAUUUACUUGGGUAUGUAUAGGUUUUUAGUUUUUCUUAGUCAUUUCCAUAGUUUAGAGAUUUUUACAGUUGUUAUAAUAAUAUAUAAUUAAUCGUAUAAAAAUAAAAACACUAUAUUAUUAUUAGAAGUUAAUCGCCAAUUUUAGCAGGUGAGCGCAGUAGGUAUAAUUUGAUUUUCAAGUGUGUUUUACACGAUUUUCUUAGAUGUUAUUAAUAGAAUAAUUUAGAAUAUUUUUUUGUUUUUUUGUCUAUGUACUUUCCAAUAAGUCAUAAUAUAUUAUUAUCAUAAUUAUUGGUAUUAUUCUACAACAGUAGUCAUAUUAUAA